GCACCGGCGGCGGCGGCUGCGGAGGCGGCCGGAGGAGGGGAGAGCCCGGGUGGGUGGGAGUAGGGGACCGCCCUCCCUCCCCUCGCCCGACGCGCGACCUGGGGCUGGGGGCCCCCGCGCAUACACCUGUGGCCGCAGCAGCCAAACUACUGGAGUUUCAAGACCCGCAGCGCACGCCACACUCAGGGAGCCCAGCCUGGGCUGGCCGACCAGGCGGCCAAGCUGUCCUACGCCUCGGCCGAGUCACUGGAGACCAUGUCAGAGGCCGAGCUCCCCCUAGGCUUCAGUAGGAUGAACCGCUUCCGACAGAGCCUGCCCCUCUCCCGCUCAGCCAGCCAGACCAAGCUGCGCUCACCAGGGGUGCUGUUCCUGCAGUUCGGGGAGGAGACUCGGCGCGUGCACAUCACGCACGAGGUUAGCAGCCUGGACACGCUGCACGCACUCAUCGCGCACAUGUUCCCGCAGAAGCUCACCAUGGGCAUGCUGAAGUCGCCCAACACAGCCAUCCUUAUCAAAGAUGAGGCUCGCAACGUCUUCUACGAGCUGGAGGACGUCCGGGACAUCCAGGAUCGCAGUAUUAUCAAGAUCUAUAGGAAGGAGCCACUCUACGCCGCUUUCCCUGGCUCACACCUUACCAACGGGGACCUUCGGAGAGAGAUGGUGUAUGCGUCGCGGGAGUCGUCGCCCACGCGGCGCCUCAACAACCUGUCGCCGGCGCCACACCUGGCCUCAGGCUCGCCGCCGCCGGGGCUACCAUCGGGGCUGCCGUCGGGCUCGCCGUCGCGCUCGCGCCUCUCGUACGCCGGGGGGCGCCCGCCCUCCUACGCCGGCAGCCCGGUGCACCACGCGGCUGAGCGGCUGGGAGGCGCCCCCGCAGCCCCGGGAGUUAGCCCGAGCCCCAGCGCCAUCCUGGAGCGGCGCGAUGUGAAGCCGGACGAGGACCUGGCGGGCAAGGCGGGCGGCAUGGUGCUGGUGAAGGGCGAGGGCCUCUACGCCGACCCCUACGGGCUGCUUCACGAGGGCCGCCUGAGCCUGGCCGCGGCCGCCGGCGACCCGUUCGCCUACCCGGGCGCCGGAGGCCUGUACAAGCGCGGCUCGGUGCGCUCGCUCAGCACCUACUCGGCCGCCGCGCUGCAGUCCGACCUGGAGGACUCGCUGUACAAGGCAGCGGGCGGUGGCCCGCUCUACGGCGACGGCUACGGCUUCCGCCUGCCGCCCUCGUCGCCGCAGAAGCUGGCCGACGUGACCGCGCCCCCCGGCGGGCCCCCGCCGCCGCACAGCCCCUACUCGGGGCCGCCCAGCCGCGGCUCGCCGGUGCGCCAGUCCUUCCGCAAAGACUCGGGCUCCUCGUCGGUCUUCGCCGAGAGCCCCGGAGGCAAGACCCGCAGCACCGGGGGCUCCUCGACGGCCGGAGCGCCCCCUCCCGAGCUCUUCCCCGGGCCUGGGGAGCGCCCGCUCGUUGGGUUCGGGCCGCCUGCGCCAGCCAAGGACACUGAAACCAGGGAGCGCAUGGAGGCCAUGGAGAAGCAAAUUGCCAGCCUCACAGGCCUGGUGCAGAGUGCCCUACUGCGAGGUUCGGAGCCUGAGACCCCCAGUGAGAAGAUCGAAGGCUCCGAUGGAGCAGCCACCCCCUCAGCACCCUGUGGGUCAGGCAGCCGGAGCAGCGGGGCCACCCCAGUGUCCGGCCCUCCCCCGCCUCCGGCCAGCAGCACCCCUGCGGGGCAGCCCACUGCCAUCAACCGUUUGCAGAUGCAGCUGCACCUGCGUGGCCUACAAAACAGCACGAAUGACCUGCGCAGCCAGCUUCAGCAAUUGCGAAAGCUCCAGCUACAAAACCUGGAGUCGCUGCGCGCGCUGCUGAAGGGCACGGAGGCGGAGCUGAGCAUGCGCGUGUCGGAGGCGGCGCGGCGGCAGGAGGACCCGCUGCAGCGGCAGCGCACCCUGGUGGAGGAGGAGCGGCUGCGCUACCUCAACGACGAGGAGCUCAUUACCCAGCAGCUCAAUGACCUGGAGAAGUCGGUGGAGAAGAUCCAGAGGGAUGUGUCCCACAACCACCGACUGGUGCCCGGGCCCGAGCUGGAAGAGAAGGCGCUGCUGCUGAAGCAGCUCGGGGAGACACUGACUGAACUCAAGGCUCACUUCCCAGGCCUGCAAAGCAAGAUGCGGGUAGUGCUGCGUGUGGAGGUGGAGGCAGUGAAGUUCCUGAAGGAGGAGCCCCAGCGCCUGGAUGGGCUACUCAAGCGGUGCCGGGGGGUCACGGACACCCUGGCCCAGAUCCGAAGGCAAGUGGACGAGGGUGUGUGGCCACCCCCAAGCAACCUCCUGAGUCAGUCCCCCAAGAAGAUGACGGCCGAGACGGACUUCAACAAGAGCUUAGACUUCGAAAUGCCACCCCCUAGCCCUCCGCUGAACCUCCAUGAGCUGAGUGGGCCAACCGAGGGGGCCCCUCCAGCCCCCAAGGCGGGCAACCCCACCAAAGGCCUGGAUACUCCUGGGAAGAGAAGCAUGGACAAGGCUGUGUCUGUUGAGGCUGCUGAGCGGGACUGGGAGGAGAAGCGGGCAGCCCUGACCCAGUACAGCACCAAGGACAUCAACCGGCUACUGGAGGAGACACAGGCGGAGCUGCUGAAGGCCAUCCCUGACCUAGACUGUGCGAGCAAGGCCCACCCAGGCCCAGCCCCCACCCCGGACCACAAACCCCCCAAGACCCCCCACGGCCAGAAGGCAGCCCCCCGAACGGAGCCCAGUGGGAGGAGAGGUUCAGAUGAGCUGACAGUGCCCCGAUACCGCACUGAGAAGCCCUCCAAGUCCCCACCGCCACCCCCUCCCCGCCGGAGCUUCCCCUCCUCCCAUGGUCUGACCACCACACGCACUGGAGAGGUCGUGGUCACCAGCAAGAAGGAUUCGGCCUUCAUCAAGAAGGCCGAAUCCGAGGAGCUGGAGGUACAGAAGCCCCAGGUGAAGCUGCGCCGGACUGUGUCCGAGGUGGCCCGCCCGGCCUCCACGCCCCCAAUCAUGGCCUCUGCCAUCAAGGAUGAGGACGAUGAGGACCGCAUCAUCGCAGAGCUGGAGGUGUUUGAGAGAAGCUCAGUGUCUCCCCUCCCCCCCACGCCCCGCCGCCAGCUGAUCCCCACCUUGCUGUCCCCCCCGGACCUGGGCCCCCCCAGGGGCUCAGCCCCGGGCCCCACAUGGAAGGCUGCCACAGGCCCGAGGCCCUUCUCUGUCCCCCGGAUCGUCUUGACGGAAUGUGCUCCCAUCCCUCCUUCCCCACCAGAGACCAGGCUUGAGGAACCCGGGCUUAGAACAACCCCCACCCCACGACCCCGGACUCUGGCCAGCGGCCUCCUGGGCCGGGAUAAUCCACCAGCCCCGCCAGGGAUGGUGGCUGCGGCUUCCCAGGCCUGGAACAGCCCGAUGCUAGAGAAGGAAGGGGUGGCCCUGAAGACACUGGUGACAGGCGACUGCAGCCCAGAAAGAGGAGGAGCUGGGAUCCCCAGUCCUUGGGGACCUGCCCCAGAGCGGACCCAAGAACCCUCCACUGCAGAGACCCCCCCAGAGGAGACCCGCAAGGACUCUGGACACCACACCCCGCCCUGCAGUGGGGAGCGCAAGGCUCAGUGUGCUGCCAUCACCCAGCGGAUGGACAGCCUGCAGGAGACGCUCCAGGAGCUGGAAGCCACUCUGAGCCAGAUGGGCAUGGCCUCUGCCACGGGGCCCCCUGGCAGCCCCCCACCUCUGCCCCCUGGUCCCCAGGUGGCUGCCUGCCGCUCCAGUCUGUCUGUCUUCAGAGCAGGAGGGAGUCGGGGGCUGCAGGAGCACCAUGCCAGCCCCCCUCCUCCUACUAGCCUCUCUCAGCCCCACCGCCCUCCUGGGAGCCUGGUGCCAGGCUGGGUUUGCAGGCAGAGCCCCUGGCAGGCUGGGAAGCUGGCCUGCCCGGGGAUCAGCCUAACCAGCCCUGUUGGGGACCAGGGCCUCUCCCCUUUGCUCUGUAUCUGUAAACCAACAAAUAAAGUUCUUUCCCCCUUUUCCAUCCCCACACUCCCCUCCUCCUCUCCUGUCUGACUUUCUCUGUCUCUGUGGUUUCUCUGCCUGCGCUUCUGGAUCCCCAAAGCCCUUCUGGGCAGGCCUGGUCCCUGGAGUUGUUCAAGGGGGCUGGACUGGUCCAUCUCUAGGGAGACUUCGCCCCUAUCCUCCCAUUCAAAGGAAAAUGUGGGCCUGGGGCUGCCAAUCCUACUUUGUUGGCAAUUAUAAAGACCCCUGGGCUUUCCUAAUAGUGCAGUUGGUAAAGAAUCCACCUGCAACGCAAGAGACCCAAGUUCGAUUCCUUGGUUGGGAAGAUCUGCUGGCGAAGGGAUAGGCUACCCACUCCUGUAUUCUUGGGCUUC